AAGUCUUUUUAGAGGCGAAGCCGGGCAGCUGGGCAUGCUCAGUAGAUGGGGGACGUUUGGGUGGAGAGUAGAAAGCUUUAGCUCUGCCUCCCACCUCCUCUCUGGGGCCCCCGCCCCCCUUACCCCUACCCAGUCCGUAGUAGUUGCCCGGCGUGCGCCCAGACAGACCAGGAACAUGGCGCUCCAAGCGCUGUAGCUGCAGAGAAGGGGAUGAGGUGCCGCCGCGUCGCUGACAACCACCCACCAGAUUGAGGGGGAAAGCUGUGAAGGAGUGAGAGAAACAGAAAAUAAGCUGGCAAAAUGCUUCCACCUCUUGCCAAAAUGAACACUGAGGAAAAAUGAAGAACAUUGAAGAACUCCAGCAGAAAAGUUACAGAACAGAAAUAGCCACACUCCUCUGAAGUGUUUUUUGAACUUUUGUCUGCGGCCAUCAUAAAAAGGUGUUUCCACCAUGUUUGGGAAGAAAAAGAAAAAGAUUGAAAUAUCUGGCCCAUCCAACUUCGAACACAGGGUUCACACUGGAUUUGAUCCACAAGAGCAGAAGUUUACUGGACUCCCCCAGCAGUGGCACAGCCUGUUGGCAGACACAGCCAACAGACCAAAGCCCAUGGUGGACCCUUCCUGCAUCACACCCAUCCAGCUGGCUCCCAUGAAGACAAUCGUUAGAGGAAACAAACCCUGUAAGGAAAGCUCCAUCAAUGGCCUCCUGGAAGAUUUCGACAACAUCUCAGUGACUCGCUCCAACUCUCUAAGGAAAGAAAGUCCUCCCACCCCAGACCAAGGAGCCUGCAGUCAUGGUCAAGGCCACCGGGAAGAAAAUGGCUUCAUCACCUUCUCACAGUACUCCAGUGAGUCUGAUACCACCGCUGACUACACAACUGAAAAGUACCGAGAAAAGAAUCUCUAUGGAGAUGAUUUGGAUCCUUAUUAUAAAGGCAGUCAUGCAACCAAGCAAAAUGGGCAUUUAAUGAAAAUGAAACACGGGGAGGCCUACUACUCUGAGACGAAGCCUUUGAAAUCUGACGUUGCCAGAUUCCCUGUCGAUUAUCACACACACUUGGACUCACUGAGCAAACCCGGUGAAUACAGUGACCUCAAAUGGGAUUUCCAGAGAGCCUCAAGCAGCUCUCCUCUAGAUUACUCAUUCCAAUAUACGCCUUCUAGAACUGCAGGGACCAGUGGGUACUCCAAGGAGAGUCUGGCCUAUAGUGAAAGUGAUUGGGGACCCAGCCUAGAUGACUAUGACAGGAGGCCAAAGUCAUCAUACCUAAAUCAGACAAGUCCUCAGCCCACUAUGAGGCAAAGGUCCAGGUCAGGCUCUGGGCUUCAGGAACCCAUGAUGCCCUUUGGAGCAAGUGCAUUUAAAACCCACCCUCAAGGACACUCGUACAACUCAUAUACCUACCCUCGCUUGUCGGAGCCCACAAUGUGCAUCCCAAAGGUGGAUUAUGAUCGAGCACAGCUGGUCCUCAGUCCUCCACUGUCAGGGUCCGACACCUAUCCCAGGGGCCCUGCUAAACUACCUCAAAGUCAAAGUAAACCGGGCUAUUCCUCCAGCAGCCAUCAGUAUGCAUCUGGCUACCACAAAGCCACCCUGUACCAGCAUCCCUCCCUGCAAACCAGCUCACAGUAUAUCUCCACAGCUUCUUACCUGAGCUCCCUCAGCAUCUCAUCCAGCACCUACCCCCCACCCAGCUGGGGGUCCUCCUCAGAUCAGCAGCCCUCCCGGGUGUCCCAUGAACAAUUCCGGGCUGCCCUGCAACUGGUAGUCAGCCCAGGAGACCCCAGAGAAUAUCUGGACAACUUUAUCAAAAUCGGGGAAGGGUCAACAGGCAUUGUGUGCAUCGCCACUGAGAAACACACAGGGAAACAAGUGGCAGUGAAGAAAAUGGACCUCCGGAAGCAACAGAGAAGAGAACUGCUUUUUAAUGAGGUUGUGAUAAUGCGGGAUUAUCACCAUGACAACGUGGUUGACAUGUACAACAGCUACCUUGUGAGCGAUGAACUCUGGGUGGUCAUGGAAUUUCUAGAAGGUGGUGCCUUGACAGACAUUGUUACUCAUACCAGAAUGAAUGAAGAACAGAUAGCUACUGUAUGUUUGUCAGUUCUGAAUGCUCUCUCCUACCUUCACAACCAAGGAGUGAUUCACAGAGACAUAAAGAGUGAUUCCAUUCUCCUGACCAGUGAUGGCCGGAUAAAGUUAUCAGACUUUGGUUUCUGUGCUCAAGUUUCCAAAGAAGUGCCAAAGAGAAAAUCAUUGGUUGGCACACCCUACUGGAUGGCUCCUGAGGUGAUUUCUAGGCUCCCUUAUGGGACAGAGGUGGACAUCUGGUCACUUGGCAUCAUGGUAAUAGAAAUGAUUGAUGGUGAACCCCCCUACUUCAACGAGCCUCCCCUCCAGGCCAUGCGGAGGAUCCGGGACAGUUUACCUCCAAGAGUGAAGGACUUACACAAGGUGUCAGCAGUGCUCCGGGGAUUCCUAGACCUGAUGCUGGUGAGGGAACCAUCUCAAAGAGCCACAGCCCAGGAACUCCUUGGACAUCCAUUCUUGAAAUUGGCAGGUCCACCAUCUUGUAUUGUUCCUCUCAUGAGACAAUACAGACAUCACUGAAAACAGGAUUAAUGUAGGUGGUGAAGCUACUUGAGGACAUAAGAAUAAUUCAGGAAGACACAAAGAAACCACAUGCAAAAAAAAAAAAAUACCAGCUCAUUGGAGGGACAGUGUGAUGGCCAGCAGGGUUUGACAGACCAGGGCAUCUUCUUGUGUCUUAAACAGGCAUCUCUCCACUGACAGCAGGCACGGUCAUUUGGAACAUGGCUUUAAAAAGUCAAUAUUAUAUUUUUCAGCCCUUCACCCAGCAAAUCAGAAGGACUCAGUACAAACUCCGUUAUGAUAUAUCCUAGCCACAUGCAGGGUAAAAGCAUAGGAUUUUCUAUAUUGAAAGAAUACUUUUCUGGCAAAAAAAUAAAAAAGAAAGUAAAACAAAAAAGCACUUUUUUCUUAAGGUCGUAGUGUAAUGUAUUUUGCAAUGAAUUUGUAAUUUUUCUGUACGAUAGUUUUGAUAAUUUAUAGUACUUUGAUGUCACGUAGCCAUUGUAUCAGUUGAAGUAAUAAUUGUUUACUAGCAAGAGUUUGAAAAAGCCUUUCCUACUUUUUUAAUCCCUUUCAGAGAACCAACGAUUCUUUAGGAACUUUGAAUACUGAAUGACUCUCAAUCACCGUCAGCUUUAGCAGAAUAUCUUUCUUAUCUUAACAAGUGUCUUAUGUGAUGGAAGGAAAAUUAAGAGUCGUGGUGAUGAUGGUAUACAUUUCAUUUAUCUCAGCCAAAAAUAAAAUUUGAGUUGCAAUAUACCACUAAACUACUCCUUGGGAUAAAGCUAAAUCUUUUGAAAAAUCACUUUUUCUUCAAACUAUAAAUAGCAAAUGAUUUUUUUUUCUUCUGAUCAAAGGAUGUUUUCCCUAGUGGUCUUCCCACGUGGGUAUGAUGUCCCCCUUCUGACCAAGUUUCCCUUCCAAGGAAUAAUUUCAUUGCUGGGAUCACUGAAUUCAGUUCUCCAAAAUGGAUGUUUCUAUCAGGCUAUGAGAAUCCAGUCUCACAAAGGGAAAGGAAAGAGAAUGGGACAAGAUGUUUGGUUUUGUUUGUCACUGUUUAAAAAAAAAAAAACUCUCUAUGCUAGCACACCAAACUCUUGUCUGUAUUUACCUUUGUAUCACAGUAUUAAUUGGUAUUGUUCAUGUAUCAUGCUGGAAGUCUGAACUGACUCUAGAAGAUGAACUAGGAAGGGGAUAUUUUACCAGGUAUGAUCUGACUUCAGUUGUGACCAUGUUAUAAUGUGUUUCUGACAUAGGAGAGUUGUGCUGCUGUCAAAAUCUUCUUGAAUGUUGAUAAAAAUGAAUGACUACUACAAUACAUUUUGUGUUGCCUGUUGGAUGAAUUUGCAUGUUAACUGUAGGCCAAUAUAGAUUUGCCUUUAAAACGCUGGAAGAGCUACAUAGUCAUUAUUAGUUUCUAUUAAUUAUGCAUCAGACAAAAGCCAUUUGUUACCAAACUAGAAAACCAGAGGCUUUUCUUAGUGAAUUCAUAGGCUGUGACAAAUAUGAAUUUAAAUUUGUGAAAAUGCUCUGGUUGCUCUAAGCAUAAUUAAGAAUUUUUGUAACUAGUAGGUUGCUAAUUAUUUAUUAUAACUAAAAAGGAAAGAAAAGGCAUAAAAUGACCUUCUACUGAUUUGAUUUUCAGUUUUCCCCCAAACUGAAAAUGCCACACUGUAAGUGGAAUCUACAAUUUUGUUUCACAUAACACAACAACAAUUGUUUUGUAAAAUAUUAAUAUAAAUGUGUAAGAAUAAAAACGAUGUAAAUCCAGAAAAUAUCAGUCCUAAGAGUUCAUGGGACAGAUUGUAUUCAUAUAAUUGGGAUUGUGUAGAAGUAGAAGGAAAAAUGAAAGGAAAUCUUUAUUCUUUAAUUAAAACCAUUACAAAAAUUGUUAUGGAAAAUAGUGGGUUUGGGAUACCAAACAUUUUCAACAAUAUAAUUAAAAUUUUUCUGUAAUUUUUAUCACUGAGUAUUUUUUAAAGUAUUCAUUACAUUUAUCAAAGAUUACUGUAGCUUAAGUGGUUUUGUGAGCAUUAUUGGCAGAAGCUGCACUUGCAAAUAAAAAUAAAUGUUUGCCUUUUUCCCAUC